AUGAAAGGUUGUGUUUUUAAUAUAGAUGCCGGAUAUUUGGAGGGUCUUUGUAGGGGGUUUAAGUGCGGAAUAUUAAAACAAUCCGAUUAUUUGAACCUUGUUCAAUGCGAAACACUAGAAGACUUGAAAUUACAUCUUCAAGGAACCGAUUACGGUAAUUUUUUAGCAAAUGAGCCAAGUCCUCUUGCCGUUUCCACAAUAGAUGAUAAAUUAAGGGAAAAAUUGGUCAUUGAAUUUCAACACAUGAGAAAUCAUUCUGUGGCUCCUCUUUCAACAUUUUUAGAUUUUAUAACUUAUAGCUACAUGAUAGACAACAUAAUUUUACUUAUUACUGGCACCCUUCAUCACAGACCAAUAUCCGAGUUAAUUCCAAAAUGUCACCCACUUGGGUCUUUUGAACAAAUGGAAGCUAUUCAUGUUGCUUCUAAUCCAGCUGAAUUAUACAGUGCAGUUCUUGUCGAUACUCCAUUAGCACCAUUUUUUGUCGACUGCAUAAGUGAGCAAGAUUUAGAUGAAAUGAAUAUUGAAAUAAUAAGAAACACCUUGUACAAAGCAUACUUGGAAGCAUUUUAUGAUUUUUGUAAGGAACUGGGAGGUACCACUGCUGAUGCCAUGUGCGAAAUUCUGGCAUUUGAGGCUGAUCGUAGAGCCAUUAUUAUUACCAUUAAUUCAUUUGGAACUGAACUUACCAAAGAUGAUAGAGCCAAGUUAUAUCCCAGAUGUGGUAAACUUCACCCUGAUGGAUUGGCAGCUUUAGCCAGAGCUGAUGAUUACGAACAAGUGAAAGCUGUUGCAGAAUAUUAUGCUGAGUACAGUGCUUUGUUUGAAGGAGCUGGUAAUAAUCCUGGGGAAAAAACCUUAGAAGAUAAAUUUUUCGAACAUGAGGUUCGAUUAAACACAAAUGCUUUCCUCCAACAAUUUCACUAUGGAGUAUUUUAUUCUUACCUUAAACUUAAGGAACAAGAAUGCAGAAACAUAGUUUGGAUAUCAGAAUGUGUUGCUCAAAAACACCGCGCUAAAAUCGAUAAU